AUGGAGCCAGGAAACCUUACAGGAGUUUCAGAGUUUCUUCUUCUGGGGUUUUCAGAAGGACCAGAACUGCAGCCCUUCAUAUUUGGGCUUUUCCUCUCCAUGUACCUGAUCACUGUGUUUGGAAACCUGCUCCUCAUCCUGGCUGUCAGCUCUGACUCCCACCUCCACACCCCCAUGUACUUUUUCCUUGCCAACCUGUCCUUUGUAGACAUCUGUUUCACCUCCACCACCGUCCCCAAGAUGCUGAUAAACAUCCAGACUCAGAGCAAAGUGAUCACUUAUGAAGGAUGCCUCAGCCAGAUGUAUUUUUUCAUACUCUUUGCAGGAUUAGACAUCUUUCUCCUGACUGUGAUGGCUUAUGACCGCUUUGUAGCCAUCUGCCACCCCCUGCACUACUUGGUCAUCAUGAACCCUCGGGUAUGUGGACUGCUGGUUCUGGUGCCCUGGAUCAUGAACAUCUUGAAUUCCUUGUUAGAAAGCAUAAUGGUGUUGCAUUUGUCCUUCUGUACAGAGGUGGAAAUCCCCCACUUUUUCUGUGAACUCAAUCAGAUGAUACAACUUGCAUGUUCUGACACCUUUUUCAGUAACAUGGUGAUGUAUUUUGCAGCUGUGCUUCUGGGUGGUGUUCCUUUUGCUGGAAUCCUUUACUCUUAUUCCAAGAUAGUUUCCUCUAUACGUGGAAUCUCAUCAUCUCAGGGAAAGUAUAAAGCAUUUUCCACCUGUGCAUCUCACCUUUCAGUUGUCUCCUUAUUUUAUUGUACAGUCCUGGGAGUGUACCUUAGCUCUGCUGCUCCCCAGAGCUCCAACUCAAGUGCAGUGGCCUCAGUGAUGUACACUGUGGUCACACCCAUGCUGAACCCCUUCAUCUACAGCCUGAGGAACAGAGACAUUAAGAGGACUCUUAUGAGUUUGAUGAAAAGUAUUUCUUUCUCAGGCACUUCAUCUACCAAUUGA